CCAUGGAAGUGUCAGGCGGCAGUCCGCGCGUAGCCGUCGGCGCAGACGCACGCGCCGUGCCGCGAUAGUGCCAUGUCGCGUUAGCGCCGCGGCCCCAUGGUGUACCCCGAAGCAUCCCGCUGGGGAGCGCCCGACACGCUAGCGCCCCUCUACGAUGACGUCUACCGAGGUCAGCACUCGGAUGGCGUGCUGUCGACAGUGAAUGUGGUAGAGGCGUUGCAGGAGUUCUGGCAGGUGAAGGCUUCGAGGAACGGUGGUGCUGGAGCCGGCAGCAGUGGCGCUCUCGUCAUAUACGAGUCCGUGCCCGCCAAACAUCCGCCCUUCGUCUGCUAUGUCACAUUGCCAGGUGGAGCAUGCUUUGGCAGCUUUGAGAAUUGUCCCACAAAGGCCGAAGCGAGACGAAGCGCAGCCAAGAUAGCUCUAAUGAAUAGCGUCUUCAAUGAACACGAGUCACGGCGUAUUUCUGAACACUUCAUUGAGAAGGCGGUGGCGGAGGCGCGUGCCUCGUUCGCGGGCGACGCUGCCUCGCAUCAUCAGGAUCCUAGUGCAGGGAUAGCUGCGUUUAGGUUUAUGCUAGAAGCAAACAAAGGUCGCACGAUGCUGGAGUUCCAAGAACUGAUGACGGUGUUCCAGCUGCUGCACUGGAACGGCUCUCUGAGGGCGAUGCGCGAGCGGCAAUGCUCCCGCCAGGAGGUUGUUGCGCAUUAUUCCGCUCGCGCCCUUGACGAUGCCAUGCGCGAACAGAUGGCCAGGGAGUGGGCCAAUAGAGAGAGAGAGUCCACAACAGGCGGCGGCGUGUUACGGAGUGAGUUGGCGCGUGCUGAGCUCGAACUGCGAUCGGCGCGCAUCGCAGCCAGGGAACUUCGAUUCCCGAAGGAGAAACGCGACAUACUGCUACUGGCCGCGAGUCAGGUGCCUCCGCAACAGCAACAAUGAUCUCAUCGCGCGGCUCUAUUGUUAUUUAAGUAUAGUUAUAUAGUGUAAGAAAA